AUGAUGGCUUCGUCAGCAUUUUCAGUGCUGAAUGGCUCUGCCCAAAGUCCAGCGUUCCCCAGCGGAAUACCAAAAGGACCGAAGGCAUCUCAUCACUCGCAUGGUAAAGCCGGCGGCGCCAAAGCCAAUGGUGGUGCCGCGGCGGCCCAAGGCGUGAAUGCCGUCCACACUCACACGGCCAUGGGCAGAUGGUCCAUCUUGCCCAAGGAGCCUCCAAAGCCUGAUGCCAUCAAGGCAAUCCACGUCUAUGACUUUGACAAUACUCUAUUCAAGACCCCUCUUCCGAACCCCAAGCUUUGGAUAGGCCCUACGAUCGGUACGCUAUCGAACCCCGAUGCUUUCGUCAACGGCGGAUGGUGGCACGACUCCCGCAUCCUCGCCGCGACAGGGGAAGGGCUCGCAAAGGAGGAACCCCGCGCAUGGGACGGGUGGUGGAACGAAAAGAUCGUUGAGCUCGUGGAGCUUAGCAUGAAGCAGAAGGAUGCUCUUUGCGUUCUGUUGACAGGGCGCGCCGAGGCUGGGUUCAGCAGUCUGGUUCGGCGCAUGGUGGAGAGCAAAGGGCUCGUGUUCGAUAUCGUUGCACUCAAACCCGCCAUCGGCCCCGACAACCAGCGCUUUUCUAGCACGAUGAACUUCAAGCAGGCGUUCUUGGAGGCACUAAUGGAGACGUACAAGCACGCCGAGGAGAUACGGAUUUAUGAGGACCGCGUUAAACAUACACAAGCAUUCCGCAAUUUCCUGGCGGACUACAACAGAAAACAGAAUGCUACGCCAACUCGGGGGCCCAUCACCGGAGAGGUUGUCCAAGUCGCCGAUAUAUCUACCUUCUUGGAUCCAGUGGUUGAAAUUGCUGAAGUUCAGCAACUCAUCAACGAGCACAACUCCGCUUUGGGGAGGCCGCGGCGUGGUCACCGGAACGACCGCCUCAUGAUCAAGAAGAAGGUUUUCUAUACGGGCUACAUGAUUGGAAGCGCUGACACAAAACGACUACUCAGUCUCGUACAAUUGCCGACGAGCUUAUCCGAUACCGAGCUCAAGAUACACGGUAACUACAUCUUGAUCUCUGCGGGAUCAUGCUCGCAGAACAUCCUGGAUAAGGUGGGUGGCUUGCGUUCCAAGAUGACCUGGGAGGUGACCGGGACGGCGUGCCUCGAUAACAAAGUCUGGGCGGCGUCUGUCAAGCCAGUGCCCCCUACUGCGGACUUCUACACCGACAACUCGUCGCCGCAUGUCGUGUUGGCUAUCCGUGAUCGCGCCCGUCUUCAAGACGCCAACAGGGUCCAGAACUGGCAGAAACUACCAGCGGACAAGGUGUUCAGGUUCGAGACGACUGUGGAUGAAAAGAUCUUGCUUCGCAUAGAGCCUGAGGAUUCUCAUGGGAGCUCGUACGAAAGUAGGGGAAAGAAGAGGCAACAUACAAGCCAUGAAGAUGACUUCCGGGCUCGGCCAAGCGCACCGAGUGCAUUCUCGGGCCAGGGUGGCGCAUAUGGACAGGGAGGUCGAAACGCUCACCACCAAGGAGGCUUCCGUGGUGGAGGCAACCAAGGCAGUGGCGGCGGUAGGUUCAACCGCGGCGGAGGUGGCCAAGGCCAACGUAAUUUCAGGGGCGGUAGAGGAGGCGGUCCAGGGGCUAAAGGUCGUGGUGGUCGAGGGGGUGGUGGUAGUGGCGGCGGUGGCGGUCAUCACUACAAGUCGCUCGAUGACCUAGGGACGAAAGAUAACUCUGGCGUCUCCUACGAAGAUGAAGCCAAUUCUUCUCACCAACAACAGCCGGGAAGAAACAACACAUUCCAACCGCCUACGGCGCCGGCAGCGAUGCAGCAGCAGCAGCAGGGUGGUGGUGGAGGAUUCUACAAUAACAACAGCAGUAACAACAAUAGCCAGUACCCGCCACCCUAUCAGCAACAGCAGCAGUAUGGUGGUGGCGGCGGCGGUUGGCAGCAGCAACAAGGAUAUCAGAAUCAACCACACCAAGGCGGAAGGCCAACAGGUGGCGGAGGUGGAGGGAUGGGAUAUGGAUCCGGAGGACCGGAUAUCAACUCCUAUUACUAG